AUGGCUCCAAUACCAGUCCAUACGGCCUCGCCUAUCAACACCAACCUGCCCUCCCAUCCUUUCGGCGUAUCCUCACCCAGUGCAGCGGCGAGGCGCUAUACGCCUUCACCCGAUCAGAGUCGGCCGACUUCCGCAGAACCAUCCGAUCCCUUGUUCUUGCAGCAGCCUGCGCGACCUGGCGCCCCAGCAGUCCCGCAACCGACCAACACAAGAGCGAGUAGUUACAACAAUAGAUUCGAACCGACGCCCACUUCAACCAACACCACAACGACGUCCGAAUACAACCCUCCGCCGCCGCAACCAGGCGCAGUACCCUCCCCUUUCGCCAGUCGCCAGUCCUUCGUCACCUCCAAGCGUGCCCCUUCCACCACGGCCUCUUGA